AUGAGUAUCAUGACUCUAGUCAAUACUUCCACGAAACCCAGAGCAAGGUUCUUCGACUUCCAGACAGUUAAAGGCCCCUACAGGUCUAUGAGCGUGGCUGGUGUCCCGGACGCUGGUUUCUCCGGACCGGUUGCGCCGCGGCUCUGCGUCACCUGUAGUACGUACCAUGACAGCUGCGAUAGCAUCGCCUUUGGAACUUGGCCUGCUUAG